AGGUCUUUAAAUUCUCACACCCCUUGAACACGUACAGAAAGAUGUCAAAGGGAGACGCUCGCGCCAAGAAGGAAGCCUACUUCCAAAAGCUUGAACAGCUUCUCGAGGAGUACCCCUCCAUCUUCAUUGUCAACGUCGACAAUGUCGGCUCCAACCAGAUGCACCAGAUCCGCCAGUCUCUGCGCGGCAGUGCUGUCAUUCUCAUGGGCAAGAACACCAUGGUCCGCUGUGCUCUUCGCAAGAAGGUUGUCGAGAACCCCAGCUACGAGCACCUCCUCAAGGAGGUCGUUGGCAACGUCGGCUUCGUCUUCACCAAGGGCGACCUGAAGGAAACCCGCGAGAAGAUCCUCGCCAACCGAGUCCGUGCCCCUGCCAAGGCCGGUGCCCUCGCUCCCGUCGAUGUCCACGUCCCCGCCGGCAACACCGGCAUGGAACCCGGCAAGACCUCGUUCUUCCAGGCUCUCGGUAUCCCCACCAAGAUUGCCCGUGGUACCAUCGAAAUCGUCAACGAUGUCCACCUCGUCAAGGCCGGCAGCCGUGUCGGUCCCUCCGAGGCUACCCUCCUCAACAUGCUCAACAUCUCUCCCUUCACCUACGGUCUCUCCGUCGUCAACGUCUUCUCCGAUGGCGCCGUCUUCAGCGCCUCUCUCCUUGACGUUGAGGAGGAGUCCCUCAUCAAGAACCUGGUCACUGGUAUCGCCACCAUUGCCUCGCUCUCCCUCGCCAUCGGCUUCCCCACCGUUGCUGCCGUCCCCCACAUCCUCGUCAACGGCUACAAGAACCUUAUUGCCGUUGCCCUCGCUUCCGAGGUCCAGCUCGAGGCUGCUGACAAGAUCAAGGAGAUCCUUGCUGACCCCAGCAAGUUCGCCGCCCUUGCUGCUGCCGCUGCCCCCGCCGAGGCUGCUGCCCCCGCUGCUGCUGCUGCCGCUGCUGCCCCUGCCAAGGCUGAGGAGCCCGAGGAGGAGGAGGACGAUGACAUGGGCUUCGGUCUCUUCGACUAAGCGUGUUUUCGAGAAUACAGACACUUUUUGCAUCUGGA